AUGUCAAUGAAUAUUGGUAGUGUUUUUUCUAGAAUAGAUGACGUGGCUCCACUUGUAGAUUCUCAUGAGAUUCAUGUUCUUGCUGUGGAUGAUAGUCUUGUUGAUAGGAAUGUCAUUGAGAGGCUGCUCAGAAACAUUUCUUGUAAAGACUAUUUCAUGCCUGGAAUGAAUGGCUAUGAGUUGCUGAAAAAGAUUAAGGGUUCAUCUAAUUUUAAAGAAAUACCAGUUGUGAUCAUGUCAUCAGAAAACGUUAUGCCUCGAAUUGAAAGAUGUCUUGAAGAAGGUGCUGAGGACUUCAUAGUGAAGCCCGUGAAAUUAUCCGACGUAAAACGACUCAAAAACUACAUGGUUCGUGAAAAUCGGAUGAACGGCUCAGAUCAAUUUUAAGAGCCCGAUGAAAGAAAACUGUAUAAUUCACUUUUGCCCAGCCUAUCUUCACCGUCCAUCUCGCCAAAAUCACGCUCGUCUUCGUCUCAUUUCCCGGCCAAUUAAUUUAGGGUUUCUCGUGUACGUCAUACGUUAUAUGAAAGCUUAUUUUAAUUUGUCACAAAAUUGAUAUUAAUUAAGGAGAUUUUUUAAUAGCUUGUAUGAUGCUUAUUAAUGAUUAUUAGUAGGA